UUCACCAUGUAAAAGCGAGGAGCGGCUGGCUUGGCCGCAGUAAAGAACUGGAGAGGGAAACCUGAAACGAAGUGAAAGUGAGGCUGACAGAGAGCAGAUAACGAUUGAGUUUGAGACAGGAGGUGAAGGAGGCUAGCAGGUGACGUAAGCCGAAAGAGAGAGAGUUAUGAGGGGACUUGAGUCAUUCUUCUACCUGGUGACUGCUCUCCUGUGUUUGGGGACCCUUUUCUUCUGGUGCUUACUCGACAACAAUGUGGACCAGUUCUUACCAGCCCCUCAGAGGAAAAGAGCCCCCAAGACCUUUGCCCUCUGCAAAGGCUGCAAGAAUAUGACCGAAAAAAUAAUGCAGGGUUACUCUCAAGGCUGGCAGAAGCAAGAGGACAAUUAUCAAAAAUUCAGAUCUCAGCUGAGCAGCAACUGCACUGGCUUUGACAAAGCCAUCAUUACCCAGGCCAACACUCCAGUGGGAUCCAAGCUUGUGUAUGAUGGGGAAAAGAAGAGUAGCCUCAAGGUGUCUCCUGAGGUUUUCAGCACCUUUACAAAGGAGCAUCCUUUCUCAAAUAAAAUAUGGGACACGUGUUCUGUUGUCGGGAACGGAGGAAUCCUGACUGAUAGCAGCUGUGGAGAGAGAAUUGAUUCAGCUCAGUUUGUCAUGAGGUGCAACCUUCCUCCUUUGGGAAAUGAUUACGAGAAGGAUGUUGGUGUCAAAACGGACCUUGUGACAGCGAACCCAAGCAUCCUCAUGAAUAAGUAUGGGUCUCUGAUGGGGCGUCGUCGUCCGUUUGUGGAAAGUCUGCAUAUUUACGGCAACUCCCUGCUACUCCUUCCCAUGUUCUCCUUUCUCUCAAACACUCCUGUAUGUCUGCGGGCUACCUACACUAUUGAGGACUUUGGAAGCCCCAUGAAGCCCGUCUACUUUAACCCUGAGUACCUCCAAAGUCUGGCUGACUUCUGGCGCGCACAAGGCUUGCGAUCAGUGCGGCUGAGCACCGGGCUAAUUAUGGCUAGCAUAGCUUUGGAGGUCUGCAAAAAUGUGCAUCUGUAUGGGUUCUGGCCCUACAGUAAUCACCCCUAUGGACUCUAUGACUUGAAGCACCACUACUAUGAUGACAAAGCACCUAAAACAAAUGUCCAUGCCAUGUCCACUGAGUUUGAGCUCUUGUUGCGGUUGCACAGUCAGGGGGUGCUCAAGCUUUAUCUGGGAGAUUGUCAACAAGGAAAAAGGUAGACCCAUGGACUACUGAGGGAACAGAAUCAAAGUGCCUUCUUUGUACUAUCAGGGUUAAGCGAAUCACUCGUGUAGUCUUUCAUGUUCUUUUAAAUGAAUGGACACAAAAGCCCCGUUUCCACCCAAGAAACUAUAGAGCUCAACAGUGUGGUGCCGGAAGUAAAAAUCCCAUUAAUUUUGUUCACACACAUUAUGUUUUUUCUGAAGGUCAUGGGACUUUUUACAAUAGGGCAUGCAGCCCCUGCAGUGCUGAAUGUCUCUGAUUGGUCAGGCACAGCAGGGUGUUAGAUCAUAUGUUUGUAUCUCACUUGUUUAAUUUAAAUGUAAGUGCAUUUUUUAUUUAUUAUUUAAGUUAUUCAUUAAUUCAUGAAGACAAAGAAAAAACUUGGUUUGACUUCUACAGAAAGAAUCUGCAUUUAUGUUUGUACUGUUUGUCCAAAAUAAUCAGGGAACGGUGUACUUUUUCUUUUUUUUAUUCUCCAUUAGAAUUCCAUCUUUGAUUAUAUUCUAACUUUGGUGACUUAAAAUCUUUCUCAGAAAUCCUUCAAAGAUCUUGUGUAUUCAGAAUCAAAAAUCAGAUGUUCUAAAGUUCAAAUGUCAAAAUCACGAAAUAUACCUUUCCCCCAAUAUUAACUUUAAAGGAGCUAUAUGUAACUUUAAAAAGUACUGUGUUUGUAGCGAUACCGCGUGGCUGUCAGGCGAACUGCAGCAGUAACAUAUAGCCCCUUUAAGAAAUUAAUUGCAGGGGUUAAAAUAAUGUAUAUUCUUAAAAGGUGUUUCUGAGGUGUUUGGUGAAAUGAGGAGAGUGAGGUAUCCAGUGUAAAUUCUUCUAACAUUUUGAUUAGAGUCUUCUCUCCCUAUUAAGGCCCUGACACACCAUGCAGACGCCAAAGAACUAGUGGUGACGGAGGCCCCUUGUGGUGUUGCCUCAUGUCUUGGCCAAAAAGUUGCACUAGAACACACCUCAAAGACUAUAGCCGACGGCCAACCGCCAUGUACCUUCUGUGCAUUCGUGAGGGGCGGCGGUAGCUCGUUGUUAUGAUACCAGAAGACCAUUUUCAUACCACUGUUGCGCACCUCUUGUAUUUUAGGAAGCCUUCUAAUCGAGAAUGAUGUCUGAUAAAAAGUUGAAAAUGGCGCUGGCGUUGUCAGCCCUUGGUCUUUUAGUGGAAAAAGAAAAGAAGGGGUGAAGGUGAAGUGAUUUUUUUUGUCAUCCAGAGAAAUCAUGUUCAAGCAGUAGAUGACCAAACUUGAUGACUUUACAGGCCAACUUAAGAAAGAAUAAUAAUUUCCUGUGAUUUUUUUUCCGUUUCAGUGAAUAACACUUGGUGAGAGGGAAUAAAUAUUUCUCUGAAAAAUAUAUUUUGGUUGUUUCACUUGCUGGAGAUGAAUUUGUCUUUCCAAAUGGUAAAAUAAAUUUCUCAGAUCUCUCA